AUGGCAACAACAAAAGGGGAUUUCGUCUUCAAUUUAGCAAUCACUGUUCCAGUCAAUCCUCCCGGUGCCGAGCCAGUAGUGAAUGCGACCGAGUUCUGGACAGGAUUGCGUCGAGGCGGUGCCAACCCGGAGUUGUUUGCCGUUUACGUUGCGAGGACAGAGGUUCUACCAAAUCCCACCUCGGAUUUAGUUUUCCAGCGAAGGCUACAUAUGGCGGAUGGAGCAGUGCACACCAAAGAGGGCGCCACGAUAGACCAGGAUGUGCGGCUUGCGGACAACCUGCUGUGCGAAGGUGUAACAAUGGGUAAUGGCUCCAGAAGCACCAUAAUACUCUCUCACGGUGGCCAAUCGACGGAUGGGCCAAACGAUCUGUAUCUCAGCGCAGUAUACGAGCUUCACGUCCCGGGUGUCGAGCCUGGCAGCGCGCAGGCGGCCGAGAUAGAAACAAACUACACGACACUUGCGAGAGGCGCGGCGAACACAGUUGUUCAGAAGGUUAGGGAAUGGAAGAUAGAUGACAAGUUGUGA